AUGGAUACCGAUAUUGAUGUAGAUGAUUAUCAAUCGUCAUCAACUUCUGAUUCCGACUCUGAAUCAGAUGAAGAGCAAUUUGAAGCGUUGUUGGCCAUUUAUGCAAGGGCAAUAGAUGGCACUCAUGUUUCGGCUCGUGUACCUGUAGAUGAUCAAAUCCUAUAUCGUGGAAAGAAAAUUGUACCAACGAUGAAUAUAAUGUGUGCUUGUUCCUUUGAUAUGCGGUUCACAUAUGUUAUGAGUGGAUGGGAGGGUAGUGCAAAUGAUUCGAGAAUUUUUUUAGAAUGCAUUAGCAAUCCACAAAACAAAUUUCCAAUGCCACCUACAAGGAAGUACUAUUUGGUUGAUUCUGGGUAUACCAAUAUGUCGGGUUUUCUUUCACCAUAUCGCAGAGAGCGCUAUCACUUGCGUGAGUAUAGAGGGCAAAAUAUUCCUCCGCAAGGUUCCAGAGAGCUAUUCAAUUACUUGCAUUCUUCAUUAAGAAAUGUUAUAGAGCGAUGCUUUGGGGUGUUGAAGAAAAGAUUUCCGAUUUUGAGGGAUAUGCCUUCAUAUAGUCUGAAAAAACAGAAGUACAUUGCAUUGGCAUGUUGUGUUAUUCAUAAUGUGAUUCGAAUGCAUGAUUCUGGAGAUUCAUUAUUUUUUGAGUAUGAUAAUGAAGACUUGGAGCUCGAGGAAGAUGACAGGCAAGCACAAGAACAACAUACUAUUCCAGUUAAUGUUAGCCCGGAGCACCUUCAUCAGAUGGCAGAUUUUCGAGAUCGUUUGGCCCAAAGGAUAUGGACUAGUCAUCAUGGAUGA